AUGAUGCAUAAGUUUUUCUUUGAAGCUUUAGACCGUAGUAUGAGAGAUAUCAUGCGUGCCAAAAAUCCAAAUAGCUUGGAUAUGACUUUUGGUGGCAAAACUGUGGUGUUAGGUGGAGAUUUCAGACAGAUUCUACCAGUCAUUCCAAAGGGCACCAGGCAAGAUAUUGUUGGAGCAAGUGAUGGAACAAUUGGUGAGUCUUUGCAUGGAGAAUGUGAGAUAAAUAUUCCUGAAGAAUUUGUGCUAACUUGUGUUGAGGAUCCAAUUUCUACAAUUGUUGAUAGCAUAUUCCCUAUGUUUCGCAGAGAUCAGAGUGAUAUUCAAUACCUAAAGGAUUGUGCUAUUUUGGCACCAACAUUGGAUAUUGUGGAUGCAGUAAAUGAAUACAUGAAUGACUAUAAUAAUGCUGAAGGAAGGACGUAUCUCAGUUGUGACUCGAAUUUUUAA